UCCCAAGCGGGGGCGUGGCCACGAGAGUGGGUGUGGCUUCUCAGAGGUGGGUGGGCCUGCCUCGCCGUAAGAAGGCAAGUUAGCUGCCAGCUGCGGUCAAGAGCCCGCCACUCUAUGCGCGAUGCUGUUCUGGACUGCGUUCAGCCUGGCUUUGAGUUUGCAUCUGGCGCUGGCGCGGAGCGGGAUAGAGCACAGUAAGUGUGGUGGAACCGGGAUUCCAAUUCCUGACAGCCCAUCGGCUGCUGCCCACGCAGGUCAUGCCUGUCCAGGUGCCGCAGCAUCAGCCCCCCAGGGGGACCUGUUGUUCCUGCUGGACAGCUCAGCCAGUGUGUCACACUAUGAAUUCUCAAGGGUUCGGGAAUUUGUGGGGCAGCUGGUGUCUACAAUGCCUUUUGGUCCUGGGGCUGUUCGUGCUAGCCUGGUGCAUGUGGGCAGCCGACCACACACAGAGUUUACUUUUGACCAAUACAGUUCAGGCCAGGCAGUAGAGGAUGCCAUACGUGCCGCAUCCCAACGAAUGGGUGACACCAAUACGGGCUUGGCACUGGCUUAUGCCAAAGAGCAAUUGUUUGCUGAAGUAGCGGGCGCCCGGUUAGGGGUUCCCAAGGUACUGGUGUGGGUGACAGAUGGGGGCUCCAGUGACCCCGUGGGCCCCCCUAUGCAGGAGCUCAAGGACCUGGGCGUCACUGUCUUCAUUGUCAGCACUGGCCGAGGCAACCUGUUGGAACUGUCGGCAGUUGCCUCGGCUCCUGCCGAGAAGCACCUACACUUUGUGGAUGUGGAUGAUCUUCAUAUCAUUGCCCCAGAACUUCGGGACUCCAUUAUUGAUGCGAUGCAGCCACAGCACCUUCGUGCCUCGGAGGUUCUGCCCAGUAGCUUCCGCCUGUCCUGGCCACCCCUGCUAACAGUGGACUCUGGUUACUACGUGCUGGAGCUGGUGCCCAGUGACAAACUGGUAGCUGCCACGAGACGCCAACAGCUGCCAGGGAACGCCACCAGCUGGAUCUGGACCGACCUCAACCCAGACACAGAUUAUGAAGUAACGCUGCUGCCCGAGUCCAACGAGCGCCUACUGAGGCCCCAGCACGUGCGAGUACGCACGCUGCAAGAGGAGGCCGGGCCCGAACGCAUCAUCAUCUCGCAUACCAGGCCGCGCAGCCUCCGCGUAAGCUGGGCUCCCGCGCUUGGCCCGGACUCCACUCUCGGCUACCACAUCCUGCUCGGGCCUCUGCGGGGCGGCGGCUCCCUGCAGCGCCUGGAGGUGCCGGCGGGCUGCAACAGCACCACGGUCCAGGGCCUGACGCCCGGCACCGCGUACCUGGUGACGGUGACUGCCGCUUUCCGCUCUGGCCGCGAGAGGGCGCUAUCGGCUAAGGCUUGUACAGCCUCGGGCCAGCGGACCCGUGCCCCGCAGGCGGGGCGGCCGGAGGCCAGACCUCCGGAGCCGUGAACUGCCUGCCCCGCC